AUGGCGGCUCUUCCCGGUGAGUAUUUCAGCGUUGGGAGCCGGGUGUCGAGCGGGACGUGCCAGGAGCAGCGGCUGCAGGGCGAGGUGGUAACCUUUGACUACCAAUCCAAAAUGCUGGCUUUAAAAUGUCCCUCUUCUAGUGGAAAGCCCAACCAUGCAGACAUCUUGCUCAUAAACUUACAGUAUGUUUCAGAAGUGGAAAUAAUUAAUGACCGAACAGAAACCCCUCCUCCCCUAGCUUCACUCAGGGUUAGUAAGCUUGCCAGCGAAGCACGGACAGAGAAGGAGGAGAAGCUGAGCCAGGUCUAUGCAAUUAGUGCUGAUGUCUCUCCAGAGGGCCAGCAGCUCUUCCAGACUAUUCAUAAGACCAUUAAAGACUGUAAAUGGCAAGAAAAAAACAUCGUAGUCAUGGAAGAAGUUGUUAUUACACCCCCAUAUCAAGUGGAAAACUGUAAAGACAAAGAGGGGAGUGCACUGAGCCAUGUACACAAAAUAGUUGAAAAGCAUUUUAGAGACGUGGAAAGCCAAAAGAUACUGCAACGUUCACAAGCCCAGCAACCACAGAAGGAGGCUGCCCUGUCAUCCUGA